AUGUCGCGCUCGAGUGCUCGCCUCUCUGUGGCCAGCGUUGUAUUAGCCUACUCAUUCUCCCUUUGUUUUAUUUGUUCUUCUUCUUGUUUCGUUCUACAUAUGAUACUGCUUGCUCAUGAGAGAUCCUAUGGAUGCCCUGACUACCCAAGUCCGCCAAAUGGUUGGGUGCACCGUGUGGACGGCGGGAAUGUGACGUACAUUGGUUGUAUAACCAUGGUGAUGAUUCCAGUUGUGGCUGGUCUGGUUGGCCUGUGCAUACUCAUCAUCGGACUUGUCCUUGUGAGGAGGUACUUCAGACGAGUGACGAACGAGCCCAUCUACUGCUCGGCCGAUCAACCACUUCCUUCGCAAGCCACCGAACGACAACUGCAACAGCAAAAACAAUACAUCAUCAAAUCUUCGACACGUGACUCAGAUUAUGAUUCAGCUUCUGGCUACUAUCAUGACGUCACAAACGUUACAAUGACAACCGCCUCAGACGAACGAUUUUUACCGCCACCUGUUGAUUUAUUGGAUAAAAAUAAACCACCAGUAUUGUCGGACUAUCGCGUGAAUAUGUAUAAAACGGGGCAGAUAAAACAGAUGUACGAAACUACGCUGCCAUUGGAUCAGCAAAUUGGGUCACAUCAACAAAUUGGGUCUCAUCAACCAAUCGGAUCACACCUUCAAAUUGGGGCACAGCCACAAUGGCAACCAAUUAUCGGACAAAACCUUAAAAACCCCAUCAUGAAUAUUUGA